AAUAUUAAAAGAGACAAACAUUAAAAUUAGUAUUGAAUUACAUGUGCAACUGAUCAAAGCACUACAUAAACUUGGAGAACAGAGAUAUUUCUAGUGUUAUAAGAAAUGGACUUCAACGGUGACCGUUACUAUAAUCUGAAUCGUAUUUUACUGUCAACUAUUGGCUUAUGGCCGCAUCGUUAUAUUACGUUGAGGCAAAUCCAGUUCGUUGUGUUAUCAUUUAUUCUAAUAUCAGUAACAUUUCCUCAGUUAACAAAAAUAAUUAUGGCGACAAACGAUGUGGAUCUCAUCAUAAGAAUUUUAGCAACCGCUUUGCCAUUCAUGUUAUUUACUGUAAAAUAUAUUACUUUUUAUGUAGUUGCAGAAAAUAUAACAGAAUUAAUGCUACAAAUUCAAAAUGAUUGGAACGCUUUGAGAGAUAAUUACGAACUUGAAAUAAUUCAUCAAUAUGCAAAAGCGGCACGACUAUUCACUGCAAGUAUAGCAACAUUGAUUUACGUAUCUUUAAUCGUGGUUAUGUGCAUUCAGUAUGUGCCAAGUUUCCUUGACAUCAUAGUGCCAUUAAAUGAAUCUCGGCAUGUCGAGUUGUUAUUUGAAGUUGAAUAUUUUCUCGAUCCAGAGAAAUAUUAUCACACAAUUCAAUUUCACUUAGACGUAGGACUUUUCUUUGCCGCAAUGACAAUCCUGUCUACCGAAUCAUUUUGUUUAUCACUUGCCAUACACGCAUUUGGCAUGUUUAAAAUAACUAGUUAUCGUAUGGAGCGUAUAAUCGAUAAAAGUGAAUCGAAUACUUUCAUGGGAAAGCAUUGCCCCUUUCACGACAAUAUAAUAACUGCUGUAAAUAGUCACAGGAGGGCAAUUCAAUUUUCUGAAAUUGUCAAAUCAACUUUUGCGGUACCUUAUUUGGCUUUAAUAUUGCUUGGAGUAACUUCAUCGAGCGUGAGUCUAUUUCUGCUCUUCCAAGUAAUAACGACGUCGAGUACAGUAGAAGAUUUAAUAAAAUCUAUUAUAAUGGUAAUAUGCCAUUUUGUCUAUAUGUUUGCAACUAAUUACGCUGGACAAAAAUUUAUAGAUUACGAUGCUGAUGUUUACAGAAAGAUAUGCAGUAUACAGUGGUACGAGGCACCUUUGAGAACACAGAAGCAGAUAUUAUUUAUUAUUCAGAAAACUAUAAAAAGUUAUCGUGUAGAUGUCGGUGGCUUAUAUAGCCCAUCGUUAGAAGGUUUCACAAUGCUUGCAAGUACGUCACUCUCUUAUUUUACUGUUCUUUGUUCAACAAAGAAACAAUAACUUAUCACAACACUACUUAUUGAGAUGGCAGAUUGCUGUAAUGUUUUAAGAUAAAGCUUGGGAUGACAACGAAUAAAAUAGCUAAAUAAAGACACCGUUAUUAAAGAUAUCUUAACAGUCAUACAGGGUGUCUGUGUUGAUACGUGCCCUUACGAAAAAUGGUGGU